AUGUUGAAAUUACAUGGAAACCUUGUCAUAGGGAUAGAGUUUUUUAUAAAGAAAAAUGAGGCUUGGUUGAACCAAGAAUUUCCGCCUUCCAAGAAAACCGUUGUUACUUCAGAGCAACAGUCAAGAACUUUUGAAAGGCCAGUGAAGAAUCUUCAGAGCCUUGGUGUAAAGGGAAAACAAUGGAGGACACUUUUGAUAGAUUCAUGUGUAGGCCGUGAUUAUGACAGCAUUGAAAGGAUUGUGAAGCCUGGCAUCGAAUUUUGUGAUCUAGUCAUGCCAUUGUUCCAGCAGGCAAUGCUACUAGAUCGUUCAAUAAGAACAUCAUUCACACAAUUACCCGGAAGAUAAAGCCGAACAUCUUCCGGACCCGACCUCUAGCAUACUGAUGUGACAGGAAGUAUGAAUAUCUGCGUCAAGCAUCUCCCCAAAACAAGAAUGACGGCUCUUAGGCACCGACGACGUCGGUGAAACGAGUAUACAGACGACAAAAAGAAAAACCGCUUGCGAAGAAAACCUUCACGCCUGGAAUUUUAGGUCGGUUGCAAACGCUACGGUUCCUAGAUUUUUGAAUUCCUGAACCCGCGUAUGGCAAGUAGGUGGAACUUCAAAAAGCGUUUGGGUCAUUCUCAUUUUCAACGAAAAAAUAUUUUGGGCAGGUGAAAUCGUAAUUUGUAAACCAAUUGGAACAGUAGUUGUAUAGUACAAAAAUGUUACUCAAUUCUUUAAAAACUGUAGAUACUGGUAUUUAAAUAUAUGUCGAGCCAGAAAUAAAGGAAAAAACACACC